AUGGCUAAACCUAUAAAUAUCUUGUUAAAGCGGCUUGGACCAUAUCCAUAUACAGCACCUACAGGCUUCUGCUGGAUUCUAAAUGGCUGGAAGUUGUCACCAAUUAACCAGUCCACCCCAAAAUCGACUGAGGUAUUUGAAGAGCUGUUCCUCGAUAAAGUAAAAGGUUCAGUAGAUCAGCCUAAGAAAAGAAGACAAAAGUUAGAUCUUCGCGGAAAGGUUAUUACGCAGAAAGAGCUGCUAGAAGAGCUUGAACGAAAAGCCCGAGAGAGAGAAGAAAGGGAAGCAAAGGUGUUGCUAAGAAAAGAAGAAAGAGAAAGGAAGAAACAACAAAUUGCAAUUGCGAGCAAAAAGGGAAAGCAGAAAAUUACAAUAAACAAGGAAGACGACAGCGAUACCGAUGAGAUUACCUCGAGCGAAGAAGAAGAUGAAGAAGAGGAAGAAGAGGAAGGAGAAAGAGAGGAAAGCGAAGAGGACGUUGUCCAGGAUGAAUCAACAGAUACACUGUUGUCAAUGGAAAAAACGUGGAAGUUUUUAAAUUCGCCAACAAAAGAAUGCGAUGUGGUUGGUAAAUGGUACGCAUGCAUUUACGACACCAAAAGAGGUCCUAGUUUGUACAUAGGAAAAGCCCUCACGCGAUUUUUGUAUGAUGAAAACGGUGUUGCUGCAGGAUUAGAGAUAGAAUGUCUGCAAAAAAAGUUGGGGACAGCUGACAACAUCCUUCGGGAAAUAAAAAAAACAAGCGAGUUCGGAACAGCUGUAGGGGAAGAUAUCGACACCUUCGCUGUCCAAAAUGUUAUCUGUGGGCCGUUAACUGCAACUUUUUUGGGUGGUGACAAAUGGGAGUUCCCACAGUAUCCUCAAGUUCGAGAAUUAUUCGAAAGGAUAAAAAAGAAGAACAGAGACGCAAUGCAUGUUUCGGAAAGAUGCAAAUGGGAGAGUAAUUUAAAUGAAAUGUAGUUGUUGUAUAACUGCCGGUAUUUUCCCUGUUUAAAAUAAAAGCCGAAGUUUCAA